AUGGAGGCCGCGCUGUGGGAGCAUCAGCGGGAGAUCGCGGCCGUGGCGCGCCACCGCAGCGUGCUGGUGAGCAGCGUGCAGCCCGUGGGCAAGAGCUUCCUGAGCUGCGCGCUGCUGUGCGAGGCCGCCGCCUCCCGCCCGCAGCAGCUGGCGCUGGCGCUGGCCGCGUCCACUGCGGAUCGCGCGGGUCUGCAGACGCAACUGGCGCGCCUGUGCGGCCUGCGCGUGCUCAACAGCGACGACAGCGCGUCGUGCGCGCCCAAGCCAGGCGGCAGCAAGUGGCUGGAGGACCAGGCCUUCGCGCGCGACCAGCUACGAGCCGCGCGCGGCCAGAUCGCCGUCCUCUCGCCGCUGAUACUGCAGGAAACGUUACGUAGAGGCGUCCUGACGCUGAGCGACGUGGAGCUGCUGGUCGUGGAGGACUGGGACCUCGUGCACGCCGAGCUGCCGUCCUUCUUCAAGCUGCUGACGGGACUCAUGGACGAGAUGCCGAGCGCCGACACGCUGCGGAUCUUCGCCACGUCCAAGCUGCCGGCGUCCAGGAUGGACUGGAGCCCGGUGACGAACCCGCUGCUGAAGCACAUCCAUGUGUUCAAUAUGCUGCCGGUGCUGUCGUCGGCGUCCUUGGAGCCGAGUUUCCCUCCGGUGCAUUGCGAAGUGUUUAAGAAUGAGGUGAUGGGAAGUAAAGAGGAGGAAGCUGGGAGUGUGAGAGACUUUCUGCUGGGAGCCAACAGUAAGAAGGUGGACCUGGUGCACGUGUUUCGACUGGAGUUGGAGCUUGGCAACUCGGCGGCGGUGUAUGAUGAAAAGAAGAAGCAGGACAAGGUGAACAGGUUCAUCCAGGACGCGGAGUCCGUGAAGGAGCAUCUGGGGGAGUGGUGUCUCUGGAAGUUCGUGGAGCUGGAGCUGCAGGUUAAUCUGCAGGCGUGUAUUGUCGAUGACCCGGACAACGUUAAUAACAGGAGAAAGCGGAAACAACAAGGUAACGAAGAGGAAGUGGACGAUCGGAUGAAUGGGGAGGAAAUCGAAAGUGACGCCGGAAAUGAAGCAGAGGAUGGGGAAGUGGGGGAAGACGACGCUGAAAUGAUGGACGUGAACAGUGCUGCGGACAGCAACGGCCAAGAUGACUCCAAGGAUGCGAAAAUAAACCGUCUGAUUGCCAGGUUUAUAGGGCCCAAUGUCGAGAUCGACGAGAGUACAAGGGUCAAGAUUCGACCUAUCCUGAAGGUAUUGGCGUGGCUGGCCACCCAGUCGGCACUUUGCGGAACUCAAAAGGCCUCGCCGCGGCUGCUGAAGACUGCGGAGGUGGUGCGGAAUCGAUUCGCGAAUUCUCCAGGACAGAAGGAGAUCCGAGCGUGGGUGUUUCUUGAAAGGAGAUGUCACUGCCGCGUCGUUGCUGAGUACUUCACCGCCGCGUUUGCAGGCAUGGGCUUGCCGCCUAGCUGCUGCAUGCUUGGUAGCAGCAAUGCCCGCAUUUCUGGAGCUCUUCGGUUUUCGUCAUUUCUGAAGGUGAUGAAGACGUUUACAAACUACAAGACGAAGAUCAUGGUGACGACCUCGGUGUCCAAAAGUUCGCAGAAAAUGUGCAUGGCUCCACCGCCGUGCGACCUUGUUGUGGUCAUGAACGAGUUGCUGGAGCCCAAUAAACUUUACGAGUUUGGGAAGCGAGCAGAUGCUUCCAAGGGGUUCAUCAAGUACAUCACGGAAGACACGAUGGUGGCUCGGAAGAAGUUUGAGGGACUACUCCGCAAAAUGCAGGAGUUCAUUCGUCUUGAGCAAGAAAACAACCAAGUUCAUCCAUCGGCAUCUCAGCCAGCGCUUACGCCUUCGAAUUCAAAUGGUAGUUUACAGAUGCCGCCACCCACAGCAUCGUCGACCGAAGCCACACCGGCCUCUGUCAGCUCAACGCUAGUCUCUUUGCAGGCAGAAAGUCGGAACGCUGUCAUUCCGAAGAGGGUGCAACCUGUGGUGAAUCCGUACGAGAUAAUUAAUCGUGACACGGGUGCGAUUUUGAACGUGACGAACAGCGUCUCGUGCCUCAGCAAGUUUUGUGACACCCUUCCCGGCCUGGAUACGUACGAUCGCCGCCCACAGUACAUCGUGAAGCGUAUCUCUAUCGUAAAGCACAUGGCUCCGUCCCUGAAGCGAUCUAAGAAGAAGCUUCUGAAGUAUAAUGCGAAGCUGACGGACAAGAUCGAUGUAUUGAAGGCAGAGGCAGAGCAACGCGCUAAUGAAGCGGCUGAGGAAAAUGUGGAUGAAGAUGAGGGAUCCGGCACUGCCACGACCGUCGUCCAGGAUAAUCGCUUUCACUAUUCAGCUACGUUAAAGUUACCAGGGGUUUUGGGUAUUCGGAAGCAACUGCAUUCCCAGCAGGUGGAGACACAGGAUGAAGCGAAGGGUAUCGUCGCGUUCAAGGCGUGCCAAGAGCUGAUAAAGAAGGGUUUGCUGGACCGCCACUUCCGUUCGAAGCUUCUGGACGACCAAGUGGCUACAAUUCACAAGGAUGAAAACGGAGCAGGAGCAACCGCCAGCAAUGGUGCACCUUCCAAAUCCGACGACACAAUUGUGAUUGGCGAGAACGACGAAGCUCCCGAGCAACACGCACAACUGGCCGAUCUGUCGACGCAGUCGUCGUAUGACUUACCGCCUGUGAGUGCGGUUGAGUUGAGUUUGAGACCGAUUCGUAGCUUGACGAAAGAAGCUGCCAUCAGCAGCGAAGAAGGCGAAGAAUGGUCCACGACGAUGUGUUUUUAUGGUCUCAGCGGCGCACACUACGCUAUCUUGGCGACUAAUGAGCUGUACACCGGGAACACCAACACGGGAUGGCGAUACGAUUUUGCUACGAGUGGAGUGAUGACACCGGAGAUCCAGCCGAUAACGCUCGCUGAGCGACCACUGAAAAUUACCCUAACAAAGCAAGAGCUGCACGAUGUACUGCACUUCCACUUGGUGGUCAUGCGCCUCGCGUGUAUGGGUGUACAAGACGCGGUGCGCGAUGUCGACAUUUCGAGUGAUAACGUGUGGAACGAGUUCUCUGAGCAAAACGAUAAGGGAUACCUGGUUGUUCCUAGUAUUCUGGACGAGACGAAGCAGCCACCAACGCUGUCACUGGACUGGGAGUACGUACGUGACAUCAUUGGGAAACCAUUGCUCGAGCCACUGUGGCCUCUACCCUCAACUUGCACAGCAGAGAACACCGCAGAUACGACAGAGGAAUGGAUCUGCGUGCCAACAUAUCGUCUGAAUGCGAGUUACGUCGUGCAAGCGUUUACCGACAAAACAGUGGAUGAUAUACGAAAGGAGUAUUUAGCGGACGACAAAGCCUGGGCGACUCACUUGAAAAAGGGGAAAUCCACCCCAGGUAAUCCGAUCCUAGGUCGAUGGCAUACUCGUCAGCAGCUCGAGGAAGCAGAUGCAGAGCAGCCACUGAUUCAUGGCGUUCAAGUGCCCCCUAUCGUCCCUAUCAUCCGGCGGGUCAUGCAGCGCAACAACGACGAAGGAAGCGUCGCGCAAUACAAGACCAAGUUUAACGAACGCUUGCUCGUCCCGCAGUACACGUCGCGCCUGCGACUGACUAAGAACCGCUUCUUCGAUGCAAUGGGACUCGUUCCGCUUCUCUACGAGUUCGAACGCAAGUGUCAGAUCUCGCAUCUGAUGGGGAAAAUCGGUCUGGAGCUCGACAUGGUGUUGCUGGAUGACGCGACCACAAAGCCUGCUUACGAGCGGCUUGAAAUCCUCGGGGACACGUUCCUAAAACUCGAGACCUCGUGGUACAUGUACGAGCAGCGGAAAGACAUUUCUCAAGAGGGUCAGUUGACGCAGCUUCGUCGCGACAUCAUUCGAAAUGACCGACUCAACCAGUUCGCGCUAGCGGCACGCCUUCACCACUACAUCUUGUACCCAGCCGAAGUGGAGCAACACCCCUUCCAGUGCUGGAAGCCGUCGUGUAUGGGCAAGACUCCCGACCCCGUGGUGGCUCCAUCGAAGUGGAUUGCUGACGUGUUGGAGGCAAUUACUGGAGCGUAUCUUGUUGGUCAAGGAGAGAAGGGAGCGCGAUACUUCCUCAAAUGGAUUGGUGUCAGUGUCCUUGAGCACCCGUCGACCAACUUCGCACGACCCUUUUACCCAGACUGUUUCCCCAAUGAGCUGUAUGACGCGGCAAUGACUUCUCGUCGAGGAGUGGAGCACCCACUGAGCAUGAAUUUCAAAGUGCCGCAAUUCGAGGAUCUACCCAAGCGACUCAUGCUCCUUCAGCAACGACUGAAGUACACAUUCCGGAACAAGCGCUUGCUGCUUGAGGCAGUAACACACCCAUCGGUGGGUCAAUUAGUCCUUCACAUCGACCAAAUGGAUGCGAAUGGUAGCGACGCUGAUCAGGCGGCUGAAGGCGGUGACAUUGAGGUGAUGUCGCGCACGCAAAAGAAGAAGAAGACGGUUUGGAAGGGUGACUAUGAGCGGUUAGAGUACCUGGGCGAUGCUCUGAUCGAGUACCUGACGCUAUCGUACGCGUUCCUGAAGUACGACAAGUGGCUACCGGGUUCUCUAUCGCAGUGGAAGAGCGCUACGGUGUCAAAUGAUGCGCUAGGCAAGACGGCUUUGGCAUGCUUUGGUGUAGACGAGUGUAUUUUCGCCGGCACCGUUCGUAUCGACCGGGAGACAAUGGAGCGCGUUGCCAACAUUGAGCGGAAAUACGCCCAGGCCGAAUCGAACACUGGUCUGAGCCCAGCGUUUGAAGCUGUUGAAUUAUCAAAAAGGCAGAAGGCGAGGGGCAAGAGCGCGUCAAGUGGAGGCAACAACCACACGCUGCCGAAGAUGUUUGCCGAUGUGUUCGAAGCGCUCGUUGCUGCAGUGUUCCUGGAUUCAGGUAAGGACCUCCAACUCAUCCGAGAUGUGUUCAUGGGUCCCCUGCUGGAAACUGUGGGGCAAGAUGCCUACGCUUAUGUGUGUCGCGAGAGCGGGCUGUCCAUGGACAACGGCGGUGAUGAGUUAAUGGAGGACUUGGCGUUCUCGAGUGAUGAGGAAGACUAA